UCUGCUGUCGUGUGGGUGGUGAUUCACGCGGGCUUCCUCAGCCGCGUCUUGCCGCGGGCCCACAGAGAUAGCUUACCAAUGGCCGCCUGUUUCUUCACUUCCCUAGGGAACUACUCACGCUUGGUAUGUGAGAUACGCUUCGUGCGUUCCAUGGGAUAUUACCUGAUCCAGAUGUACAUCCCUGCUGGCCUCAUCGUCGUAACCUCUUGGGUGUCCUUUUGGCUCCACCGUAACGCUAGCCCGGCCCGCGUGGCCUUAGGCGUCACCACAGUGCUCACCAUGACCACGCUAAUGUCCAGCACGAACGCUGCACUGCCCAAAAUAUCGUACGUCAAGAGUAUCGACGUCUACCUGGGGACGUGCUUCCUGAUGGUGUUCGCGGCCCUCCUGGAAUACGCCACGGUAGGAUAUCUGGGCAAGAGAAUCACCAUGAAGAAGACGGCCAAGCAGCAGCUGGCCAAGAUGGCGCAAGAGCAUGCCUCCCGGAAUGCACCGCCGCCUUCAUCGGAGCCCGAGCCUGAGCUGGCGAUGGUCAGUCCGGAACUGCCCGUUGCCAAGAUAGUCGUAAGUACAUCGCGCCUAUAAUUUUCCUAUGGCCUGCCCCUCUACUUGCUUUGGACGCGUCUCUGCGAUCUCACUGUUCCUCUGGUUCGUCUUCUUUCUUUCAUUAUCUUCUCUUUCUCUCUAUCUCUCAGCCUUUCGGCAUUCAUUCUAACACCUCUCUCUCUCUUUCUCUCUGUAUCCACCCUUGCUACUCCUGACACAGCUUUGUAGUGUUGCAACAGUGUUUGUAGCGUUGUUUAAUGAGACUGCUGUCUCCCCGACUCACUUUUGCCUCCCUAGCACGGAAGCCUCCUUCCUACGGCGGGAACCGAAACAGGUCAACAAGAACAAGGUUUGGUGCAUUCCUCAUGCAAGCUCAGCUUGGUGUAAAACCUUUUGCAUGAUUCUCUUCUUACGUUCUUUUCGGGGGCUCUAGCUGCUACCUGCGGUAAAAGGUA